CGGAACUAAAGAAUCGGUUAUCAAUCUAAUCUCUUAUCUAUUGUAGAAAUUAUUUAGAAUUUUAGUAUUGAGAAGGAAAUAAAAAUAAAAGUGUGGUUAAUCCGUGCCAAGGGUUAAAAAGUGCUGCCAAUUUUUGACCGGAAUUCUAUUCUUGGCCUUCUUGGCUGCGACCGGAAUUGAAAAUUUCGGCAAUAUUAAGUUUGCAACACAACAGCAAAGACGUACAUGGUAAGAAAUAUUGUGAUGCAUUGAAUAUCAAAGUUGCGCCAUUGACCGAUGUCAGGUUUAUUUAAGAAGACUGAAUCCCCCCCCCCCGCAUUCUGAAUCAUUUUUAACUUUUCUACUUAUAAGAAUAAAAGAAUUAUAGACAUCUUUCAUUCAUUACUAUUAACUUCUAAAUUCAGAUUGAUACAUAGUACAUUGAAUAGCUUUAUAUUUACACAGUAGAGUUUUAAAACAAAGAAAGAGAAGCCAAAUUAAAGAAUAUCUCAUGACUAGUUCGAGCAACUCAACUAUCCAUUCAAAUAAGAAGGAUGUAGUUCAGACUUCAGCUAAAAGUGAUGAUUCAGUUUCGGUACAAGAAAAGAGACAAAAUAACUCAGAACAAGGAGUCCUUCCAUAUAGACUUACCAUUAAAGAAUGUCUUCAAACAUUUAAUACUGAUGCUUCUAAUGGAUUAACUAGUUCUAAAGCCAAAGAGUUACUUGGUGUUUACGGUGGGAACUCUUUAGGAGAUGGUGAUAGCAUUUCAUACACUAAAAUUAUUGCACAUCAAGUUUUCAAUGCAAUGAUUUUAGUUCUUAUUAUCUCCAUGAUUAUCGCAUUAGCCAUUAAAGAUUGGAUUUCUGGUGGUGUCAUUGCAUUUGUUGUAUUCAUUAACAUUUCUGUUGGAUUCGUUCAAGAAUACAAGGCUGAAAAGACUAUGGGUUCAUUAAGAUCAUUAAGUUCUCCUACAGCUAGAGUUACCAGAGAUGGUGAUGAUGUCACCAUUCCAGCUGAAGAAGUUGUACCAGGUGAUAUUGUUCAUAUUAAGGUUGGUGACACCAUUCCUGCUGAUUUGAGAUUAAUUGACAGUAUGAACUUGGAAACUGAUGAAGCUUUAUUAACUGGUGAAUCUUUACCAGUUGCUAAGGUCCAUGAAGAUGUUUACAAAGAUCAUUCUGUUCCUAUCCCAGUUGGUGAUAGAUUGAAUCUUGCUUAUAGUAGUUCGGUUGUUUCUAAAGGUAGAGCUUCGGGAAUUGUUAUUGCCACUAGUUUAGAAACUGAGAUCGGAAAAAUUGCAAAAUCUCUCAGAGGUAAUGAUUCUAUUAUUAGAAAAGUUGAUAAAUCUGGUGAUAGAAAACCUAAGAAGAGAGAAUACUCUAGAGCUGCAUUUGGUACUGUGAAGGAUAUUAUUUGUAAUAUUUUAGGAACAAAUGUUGGUACUCCAUUGCAAAGAAAAUUGGCCUGGUUAGCUAUUUUCUUGUUUUUCGUUGCAGUUAUCUUUGCAAUUGUUGUCAUGGCCUCUCAAAAGAUGAGAGUUAAUAAGGAGGUUGCUAUAUAUGCUAUUUGUGUAGCAUUGUCCAUGAUUCCUUCUGCUUUGAUUGUUGUCUUGACAAUUACCAUGGCUGUUGGCGCCCAAGUUAUGGUUAUGAAGAAUGUUAUUGUUAGAAAGUUGGAUUCUUUAGAAGCUUUGGGAGGUAUCAAUGACAUUUGUUCCGAUAAGACUGGUACUUUGACUCAGGGUAAGAUGAUUGCCAAGAAAGUUUGGAUCCCAACUGUUGGAACUUAUUCCGUUGAAAACUCAAAUGAGCCAUUUAACCCUACUGUUGGUGACUUAGCAUACGCUCCACACUCUCCAUUGUUCAUCAAGGAAACUGAUGAAGAAAUUGACUUCACUUCAAGAGUUCCAAACCCAAUUCCAGAUAACUUUUCAAAAUGGUUGUAUACUGCAACUUUAGCUAAUAUUGCAACCAUUAACCAAGCUAAGGAUGAAGAAACUGGAGAACUUGUAUGGAAGGCUCAUGGUGAUGCCACAGAAAUUGCCAUUCAAGUUUUCACCACUAGAUUGGAUUUGUCUAGAGAGUCUAUUGCAUCUAACUAUGAUCAUUUGGCUGAGUUCCCCUUUGAUUCUUCCAUUAAAAGAAUGUCUGCGGUGUACAAGCACAAAGAAUCCAACACUACUACCGUUUAUACAAAAGGUGCUGUUGAGAGAGUAUUGGGAUGCUGUAAGAAUUGGUAUGGUGACGAAGAAGGUUCAUCGAGAGUCAUUCUGUUAACUGAAGAUGACAAAGCUAAAAUUGAAGAAAACAUGAAUGCCUUGUCAUCUCAAGGAUUGAGAGUAUUGGCAUUUGCUCAAAGAAGCUAUGACGAGUCAAGUGAAGAUAUUUCUGAUAGAGAAUCUAUUGAAACUGGAUUGACAUUUUUAGGUUUAGUUGGUAUUUACGAUCCACCAAGAAAUGAAACUGCUGGUUCGGUCAAGAAAUGUCAUAAAGCAGGAAUCAAUGUUCACAUGUUAACCGGUGAUCAUCCAGGAACUGCGAAGGCAAUUGCUCAAGAAGUUGGAAUCAUUCCACAUAACUUGUACCAUUAUAGUGAGGAUGUUGUUAAAGCCAUGUGCAUGACUGCAAAUGAAUUUGAUGCCUUGACUGAUGCUGAAAUUGAUCAAUUGCCAGUGUUGCCCUUGGUUAUCGCUAGAUGUGCUCCUCAAACCAAGGUUCGUAUGAUUGAAGCUUUACAUCGUAGAGAUAAGUUUGCUGCUAUGACUGGUGAUGGUGUCAAUGAUUCUCCUUCGUUAAAAAAGGCUGACGUUGGUAUUGCCAUGGGUCUUAAUGGUUCUGAUGUUGCUAAGGAUGCUUCUGAUAUUGUUUUGACUGAUGAUAAUUUUGCAUCAAUCUUGAAUGCUAUUGAAGAAGGUCGUCGUAUGUCUGCUAAUAUUCAAAAGUUCGUCUUACAAUUGUUGGCUGAAAAUGUUGCCCAAGCUUUAUACUUGAUGAUUGGUUUAGCCUUUAUGGAUGAUUCUGGAUACUCUGUUUUCCCCUUGUCUCCUGUUGAAGUUUUAUGGGUUCUUGUGGUUACUUCUUGUUUCCCUGCCAUGGGUUUGGGUCAAGAAAAGGCUGCAGACGAUAUUUUAACUCAACCUCCAAAUAGCACUAUUUUCACUUACGAAGUUAUCAUUGAUAUGUUAGCUUAUGGUUUGGUUAUGGCUGUCAGUUGUCUCUGUUGUUUUAUUGUUGUUGUGUACGGAAAUGGAGAUGGUAACCUUGGGCACGAUUGUAAUGCUUCGGAUAAUGCUACCUGUAACUUGGUAUUCAGAGGAAGAUCGGCAUCAUUUGCAACGAUGACAUGGUGUGCUCUUAUCUUAGCUUGGCAAUGUAUUCAUCCUACAAAUUCGCUUUUCUACAUGCGUCCAGAUCUGGAAAACCCUUGGUGGAGACAAACUGCAAUUGACUUGUGGGACAACCAAUUUCUUUUCUGGUCUAUUGUUGGUGGAUUCAUUUCUGUUUUCCCAGUAAUUUACAUUCCAGUCAUUAAUUCUAAGGUCUUUUUACACGCUCCUAUUGAUUGGGAAUGGGGUGUUGCUUUUGGAUUUUCCCUCUUGUUCUUAUUGGGAUGUGAAACUUGGAAAUGGGCCAAGAGAAUUUAUAAAAGAAGAGCUGCCAAGAAGGUUUCCAAUCCUGAAUAUGAAUUAGAAAGAAGUGAUCCUUUCCAAAGAUAUGCCUCCUUUUCCAGAAGUAACACCAUGGAUAAGCAAGACUUUCUCGUUUAAAAAAACAAACUUUAAUUCAAUACAAUAAAGUUCUUAUUGUAAUGUCACCUAUAGAUCUCGUU